CGGCCGCGGGUGCAGGUGGUCGUCCUCGGGGACUUUGGGCGCUCGCCGCGGAUGCAGUAUCACGCGCUGUCGCUCGCCGAUUCCCUCGGCGCGGACGUGGACGUCGUCGCGUACGUGGGAAGCGAACCCCGCCGCGAGGUCGCGAUUCAUCCCAGCAUCCGCAUGGCCCUCAUCCCGCCCCCGCCGGCGUGGACGAAUGCGCGUCACGUGCCCCGAAUCGUCGCCCUCGCCGUCCGCGUCGCGACGCAGACGGCGCAGAUGCUGUGGACCACCGCGGUGGCGCUUCCGAGACCGACGCACGUGCUGCUGCAGACGCCGCCGUGCGUACCCUCCUUCGCCGUGUGCUGGCUCGUGUGCCUCAUCCGACGCGCCAAGUUCGUCAUCGACUGGCACAACUUCGCGUACACACUCAUGGCGCUCAAGUUUGGGCCGUCGUCCCCAAUCGUGUUCAUCGCGAAGGUCUACGAGCGAAUGCUGGGAAGGUUAGGGCACGCGCACCUCGCCGUCACCGACGCGAUGGCGACGUGGCUUGACGAGCGAUGGGGGAUUCGCGACGCGGUGGUGCUUCACGACGCCCCGCCGGAGUUUUUCAGGCCCGCGAGCGUGACGGAGACGUCCGCGCUCAUGCGUCGGCUGGCGCCGUCGCUCGACGCUUCACCCGCGAAAGUCCCCGGCGAUUGCUGCGACGCGAUUUUGGUCGGUGGGGGAGACCCGCUGACGACGACGACGACGGGGCGGGGCGGCGCGCGGUGGCGCGAGGGUCGCCCCGCGCUGGUAGUGUCGUCCACGAGCUGGACCCCGGACGAGGACUUCGGCGUCCUCCUCGACGCGCUCACCCUCUACGACUCAGUCGCCGGCGCCGACGCAAACGCGACGACGAGUCGAUACCCCGACUUGCUCGUGAUCGUCACCGGCAAGGGACCGCAGCGCGCGCACUACGAGUCGCGCAUGCGUUCGUUGCGGCUGACACGCGUCGCGGUGCGGACGGCGUGGCUCGAGUCGGGGGAUUACCCGACGUUGCUGGGCGCCGCGGAUUUGGGCGUGUGCGCGCACACGAGCUCGAGCGGGUUGGACUUACCGAUGAAGGUGGUGGACAUGUUCGGAUGCGGGUUGCCGGUGCUUGCGGCGAGGUACGACGUGAUCCACGAGUUGGUUCGCGAGGACGCGCGGUUCGCGGGCGGGAGCCCGAACGGGUGCCUGUUCGGCGGAGCCGGGGAGCUCGCCGCGCAGCUGUGCGGGGUGCUCGAGGGGUUUACCGCGGGUACCAGCGUGGCGGGGGAGAUGCGGACGAGGAUGCGGCGCGAGUUGGAGGAGAAGGGCGGGGGGAACAGGUGGAGGGAUAACUGGGAGCGAGCGGCGCUCCCGGUGUUCAGCUGA